UUUCUACGUACGCGUAACGUACGUACAAUUUCUUCCGAGGUGCUAGAGUGUCAGGCACUGCCACAAUACUUGGACCUACACGAGGACCAAAAGAACAAGCGACCCUUCUUUCUUCUGACUACGGAAGACUAGUGCUAGGCUAGGACAAGCGAUGGUCAAUAAUUGGCGUCUCUCCGAGAACUACUACCAGCGACUCGUCGAUCACUAUUUGACAUCCCAGUCACGAACAAGUCAGAAAUCCAGUUCACCGUCUGGGACGCUACACACAGACAGGCCUUGUUGUCCGAUCUGCUCGCACCAUCUUGUUGCAUGCAAUGGUUGUUCUAUUGUCACCUGCAGUGCUAAUGGUCAGUGUGCAGGUGCCGACCUCAUCACCUUGGUGUCCUGUCACGUGCACGAUAACUUAGAGAAAUUCUGCGCUGCAUGUCUCACAGAUGAGCGCUACUCAGGUGCGCUUAUUCAGUGUAUGCAUUGCUGGAACUGGCAUUGUCCAGAGAUCAUGAAGAAGUGUGUGGGACGACCCAUCUCCUCGGAUAAACUUGGCCGUGCACACGCUCCCAAGUUUAUCUCAUGUCGUUCUUGCUUUUCCGCUGCCGCUUCCAUGCAGGAGUGCAGUGAGUUCGACUGUUGGUCUUGUGCGCAUAUCCAUGAUGACGUAAUUUGCCUUGAUUGCAUCGGAUCGAUGGACAGUCACAUAGCUUGCCCUUGCGGAUGGACCUGGGUUCGUGGCGCAUGUGCUCAGAAAACAGACAGCGGUGGACGAUGUCCAGGAUGUCAGACAUUUUAUUGUUUCGAUCAGUGCGGAUACAUCGACGCGUGCACGGAGUGUCAUAAGACGACGCUAUGCAACGAUUGCAUGGAGGAAGACUUGUCUGACGAGGAGGGGUCUUCAAUGGCAAACAAGGGCUUGGUUCUUGUGACGACAUGCAAAGGAUGCCAGCGCAGUAUCUGCGCAGACUGCUUUGAAGAGCGCGAAUUCUGUUGCGGGUCUUGUGAUAGUGUUCGUUGCUGGGAUUGCAUGGGCGAUGGCAAGUGUUCGGGCUGUGGGGCACUUAUGUGUCUAAGUUGCACGGAGGCUGGAUGUGGGGAGUGCCGUGUGGGCAAAUACUCUACGGAGAGCUAACAGAUCUCGAAUGAGAUUGUGCACCAGUCCUCGGAAUAUUUGGCAGUGGAGUUUGUUUAUUGGUACUGGGUUUUGCGUACUUACAUUCGUCGAGGACCAAAACCUGAGCCGUGCUAGGAUAAUUGACCGUCAAUGAUGGUCGUAAGGAGCCUUGCCACUCCUCUGACGAUGGAAUCCCCUUUGUACCGCUUUGACGAGCCACUCCCUUACAUAUAAAGGCAUGUCUAUACUUUCGUACCAGUUUG